AUGCAAGAGCACGAUCUUCUCAAACAAAAUAUUGAAGAGGUGGCCAAAUGUGAUAUUGGCAACAGCGAAAUAUUUGCUCAGAUUGACAAGUGGGAGAACAAUGCGAUGGUGCAAAUCAAAGCAGCAGCUGAACAAGCUCGAUGCGAAGUUCGUCGUCUUGUGCAAGAGCCAGUCGAUCGACUGAGUCAAAUCACCAACGAUAUUCGACCGAAAAUGCAAGAAGAAGACUAUGUGGAACCAGAUCUCGAACAAUGGAGAAAUGAUAUUCGGACGUUACAGAGAAAGGUGUCAGUUAUGAUGAAAACUAUCGUCGUUGACACUCGAGACAUUGACUGCACGACACUGAUUAAAGUGAAAACAGCCAGUAUGACAUCGAAGAGAGAUGAAGAGAAAAACGUGGCACUAGAUUUCGCUAAACUAAGCGGUCCACCGACGAAAGCGGUAAAGAUAGGUGCAGAUGAUUAUCUUGUAGGAGCCUCAGGUAAUCAUGUGUUGAUUUGGGAGAAAGGUAUUGAUUUCUAUUUGAUGAGUCGAAUAAGUGAAGACAGAAUCCAUAUUCGAUGGAGCACACUGGAGCGGCUGCGAGAUGUUUGUUGGUCUGUGUAUCUAAAUCGAUUCAUCAUUCUGGGUGCGAAGACUCUUUCUACACUUGAUGUUGAAACAACAACGGUGAACUCAAUUAAACAAGUCAGUGACAAAGAUGUGAAAGAGUUUUGGAGCUGCACGUGCUCAGGUGAAACAUUGUAUGUGACUAAGAAGGAAAGUGGAUCACGAAUAGUUGAGUACAACAUGUCGACGUGGAAAAUGAUCAAGUGUUGGGCACCGCCUUUGUCGUGCAGGCAAGGUGAAGGGAUAGUUAGGAUGAGGUUUAAUGAAGAUGGAAGCCGAGUUGGAGUGACGCUGGGUGUCACAGACAAAUAUCAUUCAUUUGAAUUACGAGAUCGAUCGAUGACUGUACUUCAACUACUACGAUUUCCUUAUUCCGAUAGUGGAUAUGGGCUAAUUUCAUUUCCGAGUGGUCAGUGGUUGACUAUUGUGCUCAACAGUCAGCAACUUCAUGUCAUCGAUAACAAGGGUGUCAUAAAACGAAUAAUUGCGACUAAGAAGGUGUCUGGAUCAGCAUUACUAAGCCGCAGAUGUAUUGUUCUUCAGACAGUCGAUAAUGAUCUUUGUUAUUAUGAUCUUUGA